AUGAAUGUAUCUGCGACACCGGCGGUGCCAGUCCUUCUUAUACCGGAAACCUCCGGUGAAACCAUUUCGAUACCUGGCACAUCAGGCAGACCAGCCGACCCGGAAAACGUAACGAUGACAAAAAUCAAUGCACAAUCUUCGGAAUCGAAAUUGCGCAAGGCUUUGGAAGCUUUAGGUCUUAACACUCAGCUUCCACCCAAUCAUCCAUUGAUUGUAAUGUUUACAAAGACGUUGGAAAUUAGCCACGGGAAUGAUUCGCAAGCAGCAAAAAAUUACGUAUCCAAUGUUUCGCGGGUGUUGUGCUACGUGCACCAACAACUGGCCGCCAAUAAUUUACCACCGAAGCAUUGGGCGGAUCUGGUUUCGGCCGAUGUCGAAUUUUACGUCGACUUCUUUCGACGCCGAGAGGAGAUCGGGCAGACCAAGGCUACGACGAUCAAUUACAUGAAAAACAUACGGCUACUAUUAACGUUUCGUAUCGCUAUUAAGGAACAUCAGAAGUGUUCUGCAUAA